AUGUCCAGAUACGACUCCAGAACAACCAUCUUCUCGCCUGAUGGGCGUCUUCACCAAGUGGAGUAUGCGCAGGAAGCCAUCUCCAACGCCGGCACCGCCAUUGGCAUUUUGUCUCUGGAAGGUGUGGUGUUAGCUUGUGAGAAAAAGUUCACCUCCAAGUUGCUUGAUAACGACGGAAGCGCAGAGAAGUUGUACAUAUUGAACGACCAGAUGAUGUGUGCUGUUGCGGGCAUGACGGCCGAUGCAUCGAUUCUUGUCAACAAUGCCAGGGUGACGGCUCAGAGAUACUUGAAAACAUACAAUGAGGAGAUCCCCUGUGAGCUUCUUAUAAAACGGGUUUGUGACGUCAAGCAAGGUUACACGCAGCACGGUGGUUUGCGUCCCUUUGGCGUUUCUUUUAUCUACGCUGGUUACGACGAUAUCCACAAGUACCAGUUGUUCACAUCCAACCCCAGUGGUAACUACUCCGGCUGGAAGGCCAUUUCCAUCGGCGCCAACAACUCCGCCGCACAGACGUUGUUGAAGAAGGACUACAAGGACGAGAUGCUGUUAAAGGAGGCGUGUGAGUUGGCGGUGAAGGUGCUUUCGAAGACGAUGGAUGCGUCUAACAUGAACAGCGAGAAGUUGGAGUUUGCCACGUUGAGCGGUGGUGGCGAGAAGCCUGCUGUGUUGAGGAAGAUUUGGAACGACGCCGAGAUUGACGAGUUGAUCAAGGUGUCUGGUGUCUUGGAGAAGGCCGAUGAGGAGUAG